UCCGCCGAGAGCGGGGCGUUCACCGGAAGACGCGGCGGCGGUAGCGGCGCAGGCGCAGUAGCAGUUAUUUCUGCUCGGAGGUUCUGCUGGCUUCUUUCCACCCCCGGCUUUGUCUGUGGCUUCUUGGGGGGGCUUGGCGCCCUGGACGUGCCGCUGAGGCGGGCUUCCUUUGGGCCGGAUCCUGCCCUGGCCAAAUGGAGGCGCCACAAACAACAACGACAACAACAGCAGCGGCGGCGGCAGAAUGUUCAGCUAUGUGAAAACUCAGUAAAGAAUUCAAGCUUUUGACUCUAAAUAUCUUUUAUCCAAAGUACCGGCAAGAUCUCACUAAGGAGUGGUGUGUUUAUAAAGUGGAAUGCGUAUGAAGUAAGGGUUGAUCUCUUCAUCCCAUGGAUCCUUUGGGUGCACCUUCCCAUUUUGUAGAUAUUGAAACUUUGCCAGUGUGGGCUGACCUUCAUGAGGCAGAACAAUCAAACUCCUCUCCAAGUCCAGAUGAAUAUGAACAAGUUGAUGUUCGGUCACCUUUCCCAUAUAGGAGAGACAUCAAUGAAAAAAUACUGCUGUGGCAAGGUGAUGUAGCAUUGCUGAACUGCACAGCUAUAGUGAACACCAGUAAUGAGUCUCUCAUGGAUAAGAAUCCGGUGUCCGAAAGUAUCUGUAUGCAUGCAGGACCUGACCUUAGGGCGGAGCUGCAGAAACUCAAAGGUUGCCGGACAGGGGAGGCAAAGCUGACAAAGGGAUAUAAUUUGGCUGCCCGUUUCAUCAUUCAUACUGUGGGACCUAAAUACAAAAGUCGAUACCGAACAGCCGCAGAGAGCUCCCUUUACAGCUGCUAUCGCAAUAUCCUUCAACUUGCAAAGGAGCAGGCGAUGUCCUCAGUGGGAUUCUGUGUGAUAAACACUGUGAAGCGAGGUUACCCUUUAGCUGAUGCCACUCACAUAGCACUUCGAACAGUACGGCGAUUUUUGGAGAUUCAUGGGAAUACACUUGAAAAAGUGGUGUUUGCAGUGUCUAAGGUUGAAGAGCCUACGUAUCAGAAGAUGCUGCCUCUGUAUUUCCCAAGGUCAGUGGAAGAAGAGAAGAGGUCCUUGCCUUUCCUUCCUGCCGAUAUUGGCAAUGCACAAGGGGAGCCAGUGGUGCCAGAACGUCAGAUCAGAAUUAGCGAAAAGCCCGGUGUCUCAGAGGAUAAUUCUGACGAGGAAGGACUAGAAGCAGACUUGUCAUUUAUUGGCUCACAUGCUUUUGCUCGCAUGGAAGGAGAUGUUGAUAAACAGAGGCGUCUCGUCCUUCAGGGGCAACUUUCUGAGGCAGCGCUACAGAAACAGCAUCAAAGAAAUUACAACCGCUGGCUUUGUCGGGCAAGAGCCGAAGACCUGUCAGACAUUGCUUCCCUUAAAGCUUUGUACCAGACAGGUGUUGAUAACUGUGGUCGUACAGUGAUAGCAGUGGUUGGAAGAAAUAUUCCUGUUACUCUUAUAGACAUGGAGAAGGCUCUCUUGUACUUUAUCCACGUGAUGGAUCACAUUGUAGCGAAAGAAUAUGUCAUUGUGUAUUUCCAUACGCUCACUAAUGUCUACAAUCAUUUAGACUCGGAUUUCCUGAAAAAGCUCUAUGACAUUGUUGAUGUCAAGUACAAAAGACAUCUGAAGGCUUUGUACUUUGUCCACCCAACCUUUCGCUCAAAGGUUUCCACAUGGUUUUUCACAACGUUCACUGUCUCGGGCAUGAAGGACAAAGUCCACCACAUAGAAAGUCUCCAGCAGUUGUUCACAGCCAUUCCUCCCGAACAAAUUGACUUCCCGCCAUUUGUUCUUGAAUAUGAUACUAGGGAAAAUGGAUCCUACUCUUCAUACCCUUCUUCUCCAGACCUCUGACUUUGCAGUUGUGCCAUUAUAUGUGGUCUCCCCACCACCCUACAAUGUGCUGCUUGCUCAUACCAUACAUACAAAGCUGGUUGGAUUUUUAGAGAUCAGUGGCAAUUUAUUCCUCCUCACUAUCAGAUAUUUAUAAAGAUACAACAAUCAGAGGACUGAAUUCCAAGAAACCUUCGGAACUGUGAAUCCAAUGGAAAGGUGCUUUCUGAACAUGAGAAUAUGAAUUAUUUUUUUCUGGAUAUUCUCUCCACUCCUAAAUACCAGUGUCCCAAAAAAUUAAUGGACCGAGAUAUCAGAUCCUGUAAUUUUUUCAGUGCCCUGUUUUAGACUGGCUUAGAAGACACAGCCUGUGUGGACAGGGUUUUAUUGGAUUUGCACAUUGAAUCCACCUGUAGCGCCGAUAGAGUCAACUGAAUUUCCUGUAGAAUGCUUGGGAGGCUGGCCGUAGCCCUGCUGUAAGGCGUAAGGCAGCCACAAAGUUCUGCUGCUAAGCUUGGAUUCUGAUCAUCUGUCUUUCUUUCUCCAGAAGAUGUGAGAUAGAACAGUGCUGCUGCUGCUUUCCUACUGAACAAUAAAAUGGAAGGACAUCCUAUUGUAGUCGCUCGUAUCCCCUAGUAUUUCUGCACUUUUCUUUGAAUGAAAAAAGAAGUGUGAUGAAUGUUGAUUGCCAUCUGGUGGCAUACACAACAAUACCCUCUAAUUAUUCUGAUUUUUAUAAUUCUAUGGGGGAAAUAAAUAAUGCAGCUUUGGCUUUCAAGGUU